AUGGCCGUGUUGUCGAAUGUCCCACCAAGAACGACGUCGAUGCUGGCUACUUUGUCGAGGCUUCUGCUGGUUAGUUCUGCCAUCACAACAGCCUUCACCGCCACGACAACGAUUAUGCUCUCGUUCGAAUGUCGCGAUUCUGAAAACUCUGGCCGUGCUAGUUGGGUCGUGGCAUUUAUCCCGAUUUUUUUAUUGGACUGUGCAUCCGUCCAAUGGAUUAUUGGCAUGUUGUUGUGGUUUGUAGCUGCACAUGCGUGGCAGUUCGCUGCUAUCCUUGCCCUCUGGUUUGGAUUCUUAUGUGUGGUAACCGUGGGCAUAGCUGGAUGGAUUGCCGCGGGGACGCACUCAUUGACUUUCUCCGGGGUUCGGUAG